GAAGAAAGUGGAGCUGAUGAUGAUGUUGCUAUGGAAGGAUCUAACGAUUUGUUCAUAGGCAGCUGUAAUGGUGCAGGAGAGUCAGAAACAAAUGAUCAGGUUUUUCAGAAGUUGCUACUGAAAGUACAUUUUACCGUUUUUCCUCUGUGAAAGCAACUAACGUGCAUGGAUUCCAGGGAUCCAUUGUUCGGCCAGAGCGACUCUCCCCCAGCGCUGCCCAUCGCAGUCCCCCCUUCGGGCAGUCCUCUGUCUCCGGCCGUGCCGGCGCGGCCGCGGUCCCGCUCUGCAGAGGAGUUUCACCCGGCACAGCAGCCCAGGCAGCCCCUGUGCGAGCUGCAGCCCCUGGGAGCUCCCAGUGCACCCAUGAUGAUUGUUGCCAGUCAGUCAGAAAAUGGGCAGGUGCUGCAUGUCAUUCCUUCUACCCAGCCAGGAGUGACCCAGGUGAUUAUUCCUCCAGGUCAGCUUCUGGAUGUGACCAGCACCCAGGAUAUUUCAGAAGAGAAGUGUGGUGAUGGGAGUCUGCAGACUGUGGUGGUGGCUUCUAUAGCAGACAGUGCAAGCAGUUACAUUCUACAUCCACAGGCAUCUCUCACCAUAUCAAAGAAAACAAGCACCAGGGUAGAGGAAGAUUCUUUUCCCAUCCCUCUUCAGCCAUUGCCACUAAAUACACCUGCAUGGGCGCGGCGUCUCAGGAACUGUGAGAGAAUUGGGGACUCGUACCGCGGCUAUUGCGUGAGCGAGACAGAGUUAGAGAGCGUUCUCACGCUCCACAAGCAGCAGACACAGAGCGUGUGGGGGACACGCCAGUCUCCAAGCCCAGCCAAACCCGCCACGCGGUUGAUGUGGAAAUCUCAGUAUGUCCCAUAUGAUGGGAUCCCCUUUGUCAAUGCAGGAAGCAGAGCCAUUGUAAUGGAGUGCCAAUAUGGGCCAAGGAGGAAAGGAUUUCAGCCCAAAAAAGCUGGUGAGCAGGAAAGCACCUCUGGCCAGCUGUACAAAGCCACUUGUCCAGCAAGGAUCUAUAUUAAAAAGGUUCAAAAGUUUCCAGAAUACAGGGUUCCUACUGACCCUAAAAUUGACAAGAAAAUCAUAAGAAUGGAGCAGGAGAAAGCAUUCAACAUGCUGAAGAAGAACCUGAUAGAUGCUGGUGGUGUCCUCAGGUGGUACAUACAGUUACCUACUCAGCAAGCCCACCAAUAUCAUGAAAUGGAGACAUCCUGCUUCCCUCCUUCACCAUCCCAUCUUUCUAUGUCUCCUCCUGAGGAGGAGGAGGAAGUCAUUAGAGAUGAGAACAGUACGCUGCCUUCUCGACUUCAUCCUCAAGUGGCAGACAAGAUCCGAGAGCUGGUGUCUCAGGGAGUAGAGCAGGUCUAUGCAGUGAGGAAGCAACUGAGAAAGUAUGUGGAAAGAGAAUUGUUCACACCUGAUGAAGUGCCAGAAAGACAUAACCUGUCCUUCUUCCCCACUGUGAAUGACAUCAAGAACCACAUUCAUGAAGUGCAGAAGUCCCUAAGGAAUGGAGAGAUGGUGUAUAGUUCAGAAAGUAUCCCAGCAACGCUGCAGUGGACCACAGACAGUGGGAAUGUCCUCACAGAAACAGUGACUGUUGCAUUUGCCUCACCACCUUCAGAUGUGGAGUCAGUCAUCACCAAAGCAGAAUCCAACCAGAGUGGGGAGCCCUUGGUACCAGAAACAGCUCAGCUGUUGUCUUCACUCUCUUCGCUUCAACCCAAGAUAUUUGCACAACUUCAGGGAUUACAGCUGCAGUCAACAUUUUCCUCAACAAAUGGAUCAACAGCCCUGCUAGCUGUAAAUAACCAUUCCCCUCCCAGCCCUGCAAGUCUCCUGGAUUCCCUGGGAAGUGCAGUAAGCAGCCAUUCUCUAGCACUGAGUCAGGGGCACGUUCUGCAAGCAGCUGCUGGCCUAACACAGGACAGUUCUGCUGAGCCUGUUUUUGGGACUCUGCCUGGUUCUGAUCACAGUCUGGUUGCCGUGGGCCAGCUGGUACCAGCUGAAGGGGUGGAUGACUCCAGAAGCCUGGAAGGAGGGGUGCAUCAGGUUCUCCUGGGAGAUGUACAGACUGUUCCAGUACGGAUUGUGGACAGCCAGCCAGCAGUCACUGAAGAAAAUACAGAGGGUAUUGUUAUCUGUGUGAGCCAAGUUAAACAAGAACCAAGAGAAAAAGCAUUGUCUAUGGAGACAGAUAAAAUCAGAGACUGCCACAGUUCCUCACCAUAGUUCUUCACCUUC